AUGAAGAGAUGCAAAGAUAUCCAAGAAGCCAAGCUUCAAGAAUCGCUCCAGAAUCUUGCCUUCUCUCAAGAUGAAGCACAGAGCCUGCGAGCUCAAGUGCAAGCGCUACAGAAACAGAUGCUUGCUCAAGUAUCAAAAGUCGAAGCCAUCUCUGAUGAGGCAUUUUCUCGGGAUUUCCGCGCUCUUGCUUCCUUGGUGAAAUCACUCAGCCGCACGAUUCAGCCAGCACAAGGCGUGGAUGUUUUGAAGGUUUCCUGUCCCUGUGGUCUCUUGCAUAAUGUAGCAAAGCAUCACUGGGAUACACGUGCACGCAAAAAGGCCUACAUAGAGGCAUGGAUAUGGUCCGUCCUCAUCUGCAUAGUUUUCAAGCAUCCUUUUGGUUUCUGCAAAAACCUCACGCAUCUCCAUGAUGCUUGGGGUCUUAUCUUCGGGAGGGGGUUCGUCAACAAUUGGCCAAAGCCGACCCCAAAAUCCGAGAACUGGCGGGCCACCACAGUUAAGGAGCUGGUUGCGCGGAUUGGACAUACAACCAUAACCGCAGGACAAAAUUAUGGAGAACACCAGACGUCAGACAAGAAUGCCUACAACCUGCAGAAGGCAGUGCUCGAGAAUCGGAAAUGCACCGCCGAUAUCAUCAGAUCGAACCUCGCAGCGGUAGCGCCAAAGUCUGACCUUUCUCAUAUUCCAGAAAUUGUCGAUCGGGCAUUUGCGUUGGCCGUGAACAUGUCUAUGCAACUUUCCCGCGUCCAACUUACUUGGCCAGUCAUUGGAGAAGAUUUCGAAGCAGAGUAUAUGUCACCGAUUCCCGAUCGCAAUGGCCAAGACAUCGAUGGAGGUGUUGUUGCAUUUGUCGUUAACCCUGGACUCACUCGAUGGGGCGAUGUACACGGACAUAGUUUCGAGAUGUGGCACCAGAUCGUGCCGUCUCUGGUACAGCUUGAGCCAGUACAGGCCAAGCGUGGAGAUGCCCAUGACCGUGUCAGAGUCAAGCAAGAAGAAUAG